AUGGGGGAAAUCAGGGAAAAGUUCGGCUUGAGCCUGUGUUUUGUUUUUACAGUGCUUAUUCAACUGAAAAGUUGUGAUGCUGCAGUCGAGGGUGGAGAUGCUCUUUCCUUGGACACCUUGCUUACUGGAAAUCAGACAAUAAUUUCCAAAAACGGCACAUUUGAAUUGGGAUUCUUCAACCCAAAUGGAACCAGUAACUGGUAUGUCGGCAUCUGGUAUGCCAACAUGGCAGCGAAGACGUAUGUUUGGGUGGCUAACAGGGAGACUCCCGCGAGAAACAGGUCUAGCGUUUUGAAGCUGUCUAAAGAAGGUGAUCUGGGUCUGUUUGACCCAACGGGUGCAUCUCUUUGGUCAGUCAAUGUGACCAAGAAGGCUUUCCAGGCUGUGAUAUUAGAUUCUGGUAAUUUUGUAAUGCUCAGUGUUGACAAUAAAUCUGAAAUUGUUUGGCAGAGUUUCGACCAUCCUGUUGACACCGUGUUGCCAGGGAUGAGGUUCGGUGGACAGCAAAAGCUAGUCUCUUGGAAAAGUUCAUUGGAUCCUGCUCCUGGGCUUUUCUCCUGUCAUGUGGAUCAAUCUGGGCCCAAACAAUUGUUGCUAACAUGGAACAAUUCUGUACAGUAUUGGACAAGCGGAACUUGGGACGGCAAAGUUUUCAGUCAAAUUCCAGAAAUGACAAACAAAGGCUCCUACAAUAUCAGCGUUGAAAAUACCAAAUCUGGUUUGUAUGUCACGUAUACAUUGAUGCCCAUCCUCUCACGUUUCGUCCUAGCUAAGUCUGGAGAACUUCAGCAAUAUGGUCUGCUUAAUGACAGUAGAAUAUGGAACUUGUUCUGGACUCAACCAAGAGAUCAAUGUGCCGUAUAUGGUCUGUGCGGCGCUUACGGAAGCUGCAACUCCAACAAUAUUCAAUUCUGCAGUUGCGUGGAAGGAUUCACCCCAAGAGAAAUUCAGGCCUGGGAUUCGCUAGAGUCGUGGUCAAGUGGCUGUGUUCGGAAAAGCCCCUUAAACUGUGAUGCCAAAAAUGGCAGCACGGAUGGAUUCCUCGAGCCGAGCGUCACGUCACCUGAUGUUGAUUCCGCUUCCUCAUACCCUGCAACCACAAGUAAAGAUUGCCAGAAAGCUUGCCUCCUCAACUGCUCGUGCACUGCGUUUACUUUCAAUCCGUCUACAGGACUCUGCUACAUCUGGUCUGGAGAUUUGUUAAACAUGCGUAAAAGUGAACUCAAAAGCAAUUCAAAUGUUUUUAUCCGAGUGGCUGCCUCUGCACUUCCCAAGAGCGAUAAAUCGCCCUCCUCCAAAAACAAAACAGCAGCUAUUGUAGGUGGAGUGCUCGGUGGGGUCGUCGCACUUGCAAUUGCUUUGGGUAUAUUUACGUUUCUAGUCAGGCGAAGGCAGCGAGUAAUAGAACCACAGAAGUGGGCAGAGUCCUCUAACCCUUUGCUUAGAACGUUUACUUACAAGGAGCUCAAGACUGCAACCAGGAAUUUCACCCAAAAGUUGGGAGGCGGCGAAUCCGGCUCUGUGCACAAAGGUUCUCUAAGCGACAAUACUCAGGUGGCCGUGAAAAGAAUUGGGAAUUCGAGGGACGGAGAGAAACGGUUCCAGAAGGAACUGAGCACUGUGGGGAGAUUAAAACACCAGAAUCUGAUCGAGCUCCGAGGGUUCUGCUCAGAGGUGUCGCAGAAUCUGCUGGUGUACGAGUACAUGCCCAACGGAUCCCUUGAUUCCUUCUUAUUCGACAAUUCUAAAGCCCAAUACAAGGUCUUGGACUGGAACACCCGCUUCCAGAUAGCCCUGGGGACGGCAAAGGGGAUCGCUUAUCUGCACGACAAGGAAAUUGUGCACUGCGAUAUAAAGCCGGAGAAUAUCCUGCUGGGCGCGAAAUUCAGCCCGAAAGUUGGAGGCCUUGGGCUGGCGAAGAUAGAGGGCGUAGCUUUCAGCCACGAAGAGACAUUUAUCAGAGGAACGAGGGGUUACUUGGCUCCCGAGUGGAUGUCUGGUCUGCCCAUCACUGCUAAGGCUGACGUCUACAGCUUUGGCAUGACGUUGCUUGAAAUCAUUGCGGGGCGAAGGAAUUCAAAUCUGAUCGUGGAGUCAAGCAGUAUGUUUUUUCAGGCUUGGAGUGCAGAGCAGAUUAAAAGGGGGAAUUCUUUACUGUCUGAGGAGGAUGGGGAUCUUGUUCAUGGCAAUUCAGAGGGCGAGGAGAUUAGAAGAGCUACCAUGGUGGGUGGUUGGUGCGUUCAGGAAAGAGAAGAGGCUAGACCCCAUAUGUUGCAGGUAAUCAAAUUUCUACAAGAUCCUCUCGAUCCUCAAACAUCACAAGCUCUGGAACUUCUCCUGCACGGUGGCUGUUGUGGGCCCGUUUCUGUAUCUACCAUCCAUUCCGUUAACUAUUCCGGCACAGAUGUGAGCAAGUUAUCUGAUACACAAAUGGUUGCUGCAGCGGUGACAGUGAGAUAUUUGGAUACCCAUCAGAUCGCAAUGGAAGGGGAUUAG